AUGCGUAGUUUCACCGUAUCGGCGCCUGCGCAGCAACGCGAGCCGCUCGACCUCACCUUCAACAGCUCGAAGGAAGCCUUCAAAUGCAAGUAUACGAGCGAGCUGGUCCGCGCCUACUUGGUGUACCAGAUUUGUUCCAUCAACUUCAUCGUGGAGAAAAACGAAAUGUUAAUGAAGCGAUCUCGAAAGGUUUUGGGGAAACGUCUGUUCGAGAUGGUGAUGAAGGCUACGUUCUACGGCCAGUUCGUCGCUGGCGAAGACCCGGAGAAGAUAAAACCUGUUAUUGACAGACUUUCGGCGUUCGGCGUGAAGUCAAUUCUGGACUACUCCGUAGAAGAGGACAUUCCAACGGAGGAAGCGGAAGAUAGUGAAAUGAAGGCCAUGAGGUCGUCUUUAGGAGACAAGCGCGAAGACGGCCAACUAGUUCAGUUUCACGCAGAGAAGAGCUUCGCGGACCGCCGCAAGAUGAAGCCACAAGCUCGGACCUACUUCUACAAGAAUGAAGCUGCUUGCGAGAAGAAUUUGGAGCAUUUCCUGAUGAGCAUCCACGCGGUGCACAAUGCAACCAAGGGAAGGGGUCUGAUGGCUGUAAAAUUGACAGCUCUGGGAAGACCGCAGCUUCUUAUGCAACUAUCAGAAGUAAUCAUGCGCGCGCGCGUGUACAUGGAGGGGAUCGACGGCACAAAGGGCAACGUGUUAACCCAUCACAAGUCUCAAGAGGACCUCAUACGAUACAUGAGCAAAAUCAAGGACAACCCCGAUGUAACGGAGUUUCUGAAACGCAUGACUACUGAUAAGAAAGGCGUAGUGCACUUGUUCCCGUGGUCAGAGCUGAUGGAUAAGGACAUGAACCUGUCGGAGACGUUCCGCGUGCCAGACUUCAAGACGGGACAGAUGAGGAGGCUCAUCUCCCAGAUAUCCAAGGAGGAGGAGCAGAUGUUCCGCAACAUGCUGCGCCGGAUGAAGAUCCUCAUUCAGGAGGCUCAGAAGAUGGACGUGCGGGUUAUGAUAGACGCGGAGCAGACAUACUUCCAGCCAGCUAUAUCCCGUCUCACCAUGGAGCUGAUGCGGCAGUAUAACAAAGAGAAAAUGUUAGUUUUCAACACGUACCAAACAUAUCUGAAGAAUAGCUACAAUGAGAUUGUCGCUGACCUUGAACAAGCUCAGCGACAGAACUUCUACUGGGGGGCUAAGUGCGUGCGCGGCGCUUACCUUGAGCAGGAGCGCGCCAGAGCUAGUGCGAUGGGCUACGAUGACCCGACCAACCCGAACUUCGACGCCACCACCGCGUCGUUCCACAAAUGCCUCAGGGAGGUCGUAACUCGUUUUAAGGGUGAAAAUAAAGGCCGUCUGGCUGUGAUGGUAGCGUCGCACAACGAAGAUACGGUGCGGUUCUCCAUCGAGCUGAUGAAAGAGAUGAACAUCAAGCCGGAACAGAAGGUCAUUUGCUUUGGGCAGCUGCUGGGCAUGUGUGACCAUGUCACCUUUCCGCUUGGUCAGGCAGGAUAUUCGGCGUACAAGUACUUGCCUUACGGUCCAGUGGUAGAAGUGCUGCCGUACUUGUCACGGCGAGCCAACGAGAACAGAGGCUUCCUCGCCAAGGUCCAGAAGGAGAAACGACUACUACUCAAGGAGAUCUUACGCCGGGUUUUGAGCGGUCAGGUAUUCCAUAAACCGGUGGGGAAAUACACUCCCGCUUGA